AGAGCUGACUUUGCAAGAUUCACCACAGAUAGUGGUGAAACCUGAGGAUGUUGUGGUGGACCAAGGUGGUACCAUCCUGGUGAACUGUGGAGCCAUGGGAGAGCCAGCCCCUUCCAUUCAAUGGCAGCGGGAAGGAAUUACCAUUAUUACUGAGGACAGGGUGACCAUAUUGCCAAAUGAUUCCUUACGUAUAGAGGCUGCUCAGAUGCCAGACUCUGGAAACUACAUAUGCCUGGCUUCUAACAGCUUUGGAAAAAGUUUUGUUAAUUUUCGGAUAACUGUGCGAGUACAUGGUGGCUUCUCUCCCUGGCAGCCAUGGGAGUCUUGCAGUACCACAUGUGGGGAGGGUGUUCAGACACGCAGACGAAGAUGUGAUAAUCCUCCUCCUGCAAACAAUGGGCAUUUCUGUGUUGGACCACAUACAGAGUCUAAAACCUGCAAUCCUAGGCAAUGUGAAAUUGAUGGAGGCUGGUCAAACUGGUCAGUAUGGGAGGAGUGCUCUGCAACUUGUGGUAAGGGUGUCCAUCAACGCACCCGGUCCUGCAAUAACCCAAUACCUCAAAACGGAGGAAAGCCAUGCACAGGAGAAGCCACACAAGUCCAAGACUGCCACACUGAACCAUGCCCUGUGAAUGGUGUGUGGGGACAGUGGUCACCGUGGCAGCCAUGUGAUGUGACAUGUGGUAAAGGUGUACAGACCAGACUGCGCAAGUGUGACAAGCCUGCACCCAGCCAUGGAGGACUGCCGUGUGAGGGAAGUGUCAGGCAGACGCAGAUGUGUGAGCUGGAUGCCUGCCCAGUGGAUGGCAAGUGGACGCUGUGGAGCCCAUGGUCAGCCUGUAGUUCAUCGUGUAACAAUGGGAUACGCACACGCACACGGACUUGUACCACUGCAGAACAUGGAGGUCGAUCAUGUCCAGGAGAAGACACACAGGUGAAUUUCUGCAACAGCUUACCCUGUCCAGUCCAUGGUGGUUGGGGUCCUUGGACAGCCUGGGGAAGCUGUAGUCGUAGCUGUAACGGGGGACAGCAGAAGAGGUACAGGACGUGCAACAAUCCACAGCCACAACACGGGGGCCAGUCUUGUGCUGGUCCAGCCACAGAGACAGAAGGUUGCAGUUUUGAGCCUUGUCCAGUCCAUGGGAAGUGGAGCCCAUGGACAGAAUGGAGUGAAUGUUCAGCAACAUGUGGUCGGGGAGAAAGGACAAGAACCCGUUCUUGUAACAAACCACAACCUCAGUAUGGUGGGAACUCCUGUCUAGGGGACAGUUCACAAGUGCAAGCCUGCAGGAUACGCUCAUGUAGAGGCAGACCAACACAGGCCUAUGGAAGCAUCAUAGGCACAGUGAACAAUCUGGAGUUUGGAGUCUCUACACUACAUGCCAACAUUACAAAAAGCAGAUCAGGAAACCAUAGAGUGAUAGCAGUGAUGACAGAUAUACCAGCUAAUGUUGGCUUUUGGCUAAGAAAACUUGUGUCCAUCCUGACUCCUGUAUAUUGGACAACAGCACUGGAGGUAGGGGAGGCUGUCAAUGGCUAUACACUAACAAAGGGGAUUUUCCAGAGAGAGACACAAGUUGAAUUUCCCACAGGAGAAACUCUGCACAUGACCCAUAAUGCAAGGGGUCUAGACGACAAUGGUGUCCUGCAGCUGGACAUUGUACUCAAGGGUGAUGUGCCACACCUCUCAAGUACAGCUAAUAUCAUCCUAAAGGACUAUGUAGAAGACUAUGUCCAGACAGGGCCAGGGCAGAUCUAUGCUUUUUCAACACGAAUGUUCACUGUGGAUGGCCAUAUGCAGCCCUACACAUGGAAUCACACUAUACAUUAUGAUAGUAGCCUUGGACAGAUGCCCUAUUUGGUGGAGAGGUUAUCAGUGUCCAGUGUUGGUGUGGAUUAUGAUCCUGAUUCAGAAAUACUUGACUGCAAGCUGGAGGCUUCCAUAUCGAAAGGAGUUCCCAGUAACCAGUGUCCUGCAGGCUUUCAGCUAGACUCAGUUGGACCCUAUUGUCGAGAUGACAAUGAAUGUGCAACCAACAACCCCUGUUCCCACUUCUGCCAUAAUGCCAUCGGGAAGUACUUCUGCUCAUGUCCUCCUGGCCACAUGAUUGCUGUAGAUGGGCACACAUGUGAAGAUACCAAUGAGUGUGAGCAAGAGAAGGACAUCUGUCCACCUCAUCAAGACUGCCUCAACACUGUUGGUUCAUUUCACUGUGCUGCUCGUUGCAGCAAAGGUUACCAUCGUUCACCCAGUGGAAACAGAGACUGUCAAGAUAUUGAUGAAUGUAAUGGUCCCACCGAGGUUUGCAGCCCUGAAGAUCGUUGUAUCAACACCCUGGGCAGUUUCACUUGUCGACCUGUCUGCAAUAAAGGCUUCCAGCUAGUUGCAAAUGGAUCCUGCAUUGACAUAGAUGAAUGCUCAGCUGGUGUCACAGAGUGCAGAUUUAACCAAAUUUGCCGAAACACCCAAGGUGGCUACAAAUGUGUGUGUCCAAGAGGAUUUCACUCCCGUGCAGUAGGCUUCCCCUGCACAGAUGUGGAUGAAUGUCAACGCCAACCACGCCCCUGUGCAUACAAAUGCCGCAAUCUGCCAGGAUCCUACAAAUGUCUGUGUCCAUCUGGUCAGGAGUUGUUGGCUGACCGACGAUCUUGUGCUGGCCUCUGGCACCCAGAUAACACAGACAAUAAUGUGAUAACUACAACGUCAGGCUGUGAUGCAGGCUAUCAGGAAGUAGAUGGAAUAUGUUUAGAUGUGGAUGAAUGUGCAGGUCCUAAGUCCAAAUGUCAGCAUGAAUGUCACAACACAGUGGGCAGUUACCAGUGUCGCUGCCCCACAGGCUAUCGUGUCUUGCCAUCUGGAGGAACAUGUCAAGAUAUCAAUGAAUGUAUCGAAAAAGAUAUCAACUGUGGACCAAACAGGUUGUGUUUUAAUCGGCGAGGUGAUUAUGAGUGUGUGGACUCUCCAUGCCCACCCAGCUACAGGAGAGAAUCUUCAACAGGGUACUGCAUAAGAGAUUGUAACCCUGCAGACUACAGAUGCCCAACAGAUUAUGCUGUGGAGUACAAGACCCUGGCCCUGCCCUAUGGCAUUGAUGCUAAUCAAGACUUACUACGACUCAUAGCUUACUUUGAGGAUGGCAGACAACACCCUAAAACAACAUUUUCCAUAACUGAGCAAGAAAGUAACUUACCUUUUGCAUUACGACCAGAUAAGGGUACAGGUGUACUUUAUACAUUAAGGCCCUUAACCCAAGCUCGGUCCUUUCAAAUGAGAGUGCGUGCUAUAUCAUAUGACGAAAGUCGUAUUGAGUACCAAACAACUUUCAUCAUCUACAUCUCUGUGUCAUCAUAUCCUUAUUAAUUUUUGUGCUGUCUGACUCUUUUUGGAGAAGUACAUGUACAUGUAUGUCAUUGGAAGGUGUGGAAUUCAGAUCAGUACCUGGAAUUCAUACUAGCAUAUUUGUUCUAUUAUUUCCCUUAUUUAGUCAACAUAGCUGGACAAACAAACUUUGCUUUUAGCCAGGGUUUUCUAAAAAUUGUAGAAGUGUUUUAGAGAAUACAAUCUUUGUAUGUGCACUGAUCGACACUAAUAGAAAUUUGCUACCUAUGCUGGCUAAGGAUGUGAAUUGUUGUUUGUCUACUUGGUAUCAUUUUAACAUUUAAGUUUGUAUCAUUAUGCUACCAUUUGAAACAUUGAAUCAAAGAUAAAUGAUGGGUUUUGUGACAAAAGGGAACUUGUAGCC